AUGGGGAGCCGCAAGGGUUCUGUUCACCGGUUCUCAUGCCCCACCCUCGAACCUUGCUGGAAGAAAGUUUCGCCAGGCGGCCAAGGAAGACCAGCGAACAUGGCCUCGCCGAGGUGGCUCUGGUGUGUGUGUGCGACCGCGGCGGUGGCUCUGCUGCUCGUUUCCAGGGUUCCCUCGGCCUCUGCCCAAAGAAAGAAGGAGAUGGUGUUAUCUGAGAAGGUUAGUCAGCUGAUGGAAUGGACUAAUAAAAGACCUGUAAUAAGAAUGAAUGGAGACAAGUUCCGUCGCCUUGUUAAAGCUCCACCAAGAAAUUACUCUGUUAUCGUCAUGUUCACUGCUCUCCAACUUCAUAGACAAUGUGUCGUUUGCAAACAAGCUGAUGAAGAAUUCCAGAUUCUGGCAAACUCUUGGCGAUACUCCAGUGCGUUUACCAACAGGAUAUUUUUUGCCAUGGUGGAUUUUGAUGAAGGUUCUGAUGUAUUUCAAAUGCUAAACAUGAAUUCAGCUCCAACUUUUAUCAACUUUCCUCCAAAAGGAAAGCCCAAACGGGCUGAUACAUAUGAGUUGCAGGUGCGAGGGUUUUCAGCUGAACAGAUUGCCCGGUGGAUCGCAGACAGAACUGAUGUCAAUAUUAGGGUAAUUAGACCUCCAAAUUAUGCUGGACCCCUAAUGUUGGGAUUGCUUCUGGCUGUUAUUGGUGGACUCGUGUAUCUACGAAGAAGCAAUAUGGAAUUCCUCUUUAAUAAAACUGGAUGGGCUUUUGCAGCUUUG